CAGUAAACAUUGUGCUUUCAUUCCUCGAAGUAACCAAAGCCACACAUCCCAUCGUAGUCCAUGGUGGAGGUGGAGCGUAACCUACGCAUGGUUGCAGGUGACGGAGAAACCAGCUACGCCAAGAAUUCUAGACUUCAGGAGAAAGCAAUGCUCGAGGUUAAACCAAUGCUUGCGAAAGCUAUUACAGAAGUCUGCAUGGCUCUUAUUAGCGGCCCGACGAGCACGAUGGUCAUCGCCGACCUAGGCUGCUCUUCAGGGCCAAAUGCAGUCCUCUUUGUGGCCAGCGUGGUCCGUGUGGUUGAAGAACACUGCAAGAGCUUACUAGGAUGCCAUGAGCCACUGGAACUCUUGUUCUUCCUUAACGACCUGCCAAAGAAUGAUUUCAACAAUCUCUUCCGGUCUCUGGAACAAAUCAAGAAUAUGGUUGAUAUCCACCACCCUUGCAAUUAUGGGGGAGAGACGAUUGUGACACCUCCAUAUUAUGUCGCUGGGUUGCCAGGUUCUUUCUACACAAGGCUUUUCCCUUGUCAUAGCGUCCACUUCUUCCAUUCCUCCUACUGCCUCAUGUGGCUGUCCCAGUUACCGGAAGAAUUGGAUAUCAAAAGCACAACACACCUAAACGAAGGAAACAUUUACAUAACACGUACAACAGCACCUUCAGUGGUGAAAAUGUACCAACAACAGUUCCAAAAAGACUUGUCACUGUUUCUUAAGCUGCGCUCCGAAGAACUUUCACCUGGUGGGCAAAUGUUGUUGACAUUACUAGGAAGGAAGAACAGAGAUGCAUUACAUGGAAAUCUCAAUCAUGUUUAUGGAUUACUUGGGCAAGCUAUGCAGUCUCUUGUGGCAGAGGGUAUAGUGGACAAGGAAAAAUUGUACUCCUUCAAUCUACCCAUUUAUGGGCCAUCAAUUGAUGAGGUGGCAACAAUUGUUAGGCAGAGUGGGCUAUUCAACAUCGGCCACAUCCAAUUGUUUGAGUCAAAUUGGGACCCGUAUGAUGAUAGUGAAGGUGAUCAUGUAGUGGAUAGUAUUCAAAGUGGAGUGAACGUUGCUAGGAGCCUUAGAGCAGUGAUGGAACCUUUGUUUGCAAGCCACUUUGGUGAACAAAUACUUGAUGAACUCUUCAAGAGGUAUGCAUGUAAUGUGGCCAAACAUCUCGAGAAGGAGAAGACCAAGUACUCAGUAAUUGUCAUGUUGCUGAAUAGUAAAGGCUAGGUAUGUAUUCAUCGGGCCAAUGAGUCCUACAAGGCAUUUGUCUGUUGCCAAGUGUAGUAGUCAUGUUCUUAUGUUGUUGUUAGAAUGUGAAAGUUAGGACCUAUUUGGCAGGGCUCCUCUCCGGCUCCGGCUUUGGCUCCUCUAGAGGAGCCCUGACAAACAUUUUUCUGGAGAAGCCAUUUUUGAGUAAAAAGCAGAAGAGUCAGAGCCGUUUUGGCGAAGCUACAAUUUGUGGCUUUACCAAAACGGCUCCGGCUCUUCUAGAGGAGCCCCUCGUAGGAGCCG